AUGUUUGAAGCAGAAUAUUGGGAGGACAAGUGGCCGUUUGGAGGAGAAGGUGAACCUGAUGAUGUACCCGUGCCAAAGGGAGAAGUGUGUGUCAAAAUUAGCGAACUUGUAGGUUUGGCUGACGAAAACGCUGGCGAGUAUUCGUUCGGUGGUCAAGCUGACACUCUGCCGGUUGAUCCAGGACUAUUUGUAGAUUCUUUGGGAUUGAUUUCGCUUCCGCUUGUUGAAGAGGAAGCGGAGAAGCUGAUUGCAAAAUGUGAGAAGUCUCCGUACGGACACAACAUGGAAACUAGGAUUAAUGAGUACGUCCGAAAGAGUUGGCAGCUUCAACCGGAUCAAGUCGAGACAAAAAACCCUUCUUGGGAGAAAGGACUUGAUAAGUUGACUGAAAUCAUAGCAAAUCGCUUGGGGUACGAAGGAAUUCCACUGGAGUGCAAAUUGUACAAGGUGCUUGUAUACGGAGAGGGUGGUCACUUUCGCAGUCACCGGGACACCGAGAAGGAGGACGGCAUGAUUGCAACGUUAGUCGUUCAGCCACCAAGCACACAUGAAGGAGAGCAUUAUUUAGAGAAUGUUACGAAGGGAUUCCGCUUGGCUAUGGUGUACUCGAUUUGUCUCCCGGCAACGAUGCAUCACCUACGGAAAGACCCGACAUGGACCGUCCCGGACGCCCUUAGCGUUGCUAUCAGUCAAAUGGAAAACGAAUCAUUUGCAUUGUUAUUAUCCCACCAUUACACGAAAAAAAGCAUUGGAGAUUUGGGUUGCGCAGCUCUCAAAGGAAUCGAUAGGGCCAGAUUCCAAGCCCUUGAAGUUGCAAAUUCCCGAGUGUCCGACGAUAAGAAACUUCGAUUCUUCAUUGCGAAAUUGUCGUUAAAGCUUGAUAUAAGCUUAUCCGACUCUUCAUGCUGGGGCCGAAAACAAGCAUUUCACUGGUAUACCACUAGCGGGGAAGAUCUUGGACGCUGGAAGGACGAAGAGGGUGGUAAAAUGCUUAAAUUUAACUUUCUGAAUCCUGGAGGUGAAACGUUUUACUGGCUAUGGGAUUCUUUUACUAGAUCGGAAGAUAUAGAAUUCACGGGUAACGAGGGCCCGAUCAAGAGCACAAAAUAUUCUAGAUUUGCAAUUUUUGCGUGGCCUGCCGUCAGACAUGAGGAAAAUAUGCUAAACUUUACGUCUGCUGAGCACGCCAUUGAAGAUUUGGCAUCUCGCAAACCAGUUAGCGCUGCGGCACUUCGCACAUUUUUGGAUGCGGCUAGUUCAAAAUUUGGUUGGGGCGUAGAAGAUCGAGGGCGACGUGGUGCGAUGGCUUCUGUCAGAUUUUGCCGGUCCUUUGUGAAUUUACUAGAGGAUGUUGGAGAUCCAGAAUUGACAAAGUUGUUCCUUAGCAAGUAUUGUCCCAGAUUGGGGAAGCAAAACGAAAACGCAUCGCUGAUCCCAGCAUUUAUCAAGAUUGCCAGCACUUUUUCAUGGGAUGACGUUGGUGAAGCAUUGUUGGAUAUUCUGGGUACCCAAUCACCUUACUGGGGUUACGGUGAAAAGCCCGGGGACUCGGCUGUGGAACUGCUGUUACGAGUGGCUGCUGGUUUAAAUGAUGGAGUACCUCGGCAGGCUCUGCUCGCUAAAGCUUUGAAAAAAAUCGAAAAAGAGAAAACGAUCUUGCAUUCUUCCACAGCAGCUGAAGUUUUGUGGAAACAUGCUAUCUGCCUUGGUGACUCCCAGUCUUUCGAUAUGGUGAUAAGUAAGCUUGAUAAAAUGGAGCCAAGUGAGCUUGGUCCAUUCGGCAACGUGUUAGUACAGCAUGGCAGCGACUUCGAUCCAACGAGCGAGCAGUUUGCUUUGCUGUCGAAGAUUGCUGCAAAACGUGUGGAGUGGUUGAAAGGCGAUAUUCAUAAAUUAGAUAAGUUGAGCAAGACUUUUUCAUGGGAGAUGCCGUACGCGGGGUUUUCCGAGCGCAAAGAGAUCACGGAGUUUUUACGUGGUCCUCAGCAAUCGAUGACACUGAAAGGGGAGAGAAGUGAUCAAAACUUUAUGAACCUUCGCACGGCGAAGGAAUUAGCUACUACUUGCAAUGAUGAACGUAUUCGUGAGUCUUCAUACGUUGCCAAAGCAUCUGUAAGCAAAUAUGAAGACGCAGUUGUGAUAAUUACUAAAACACGUAAGUGGUACGAGGACUCCCAGGCGAAUUUGGUGCGAUAUGCAGAAGAAAUGGCAAAUCUAAGCGAUGUCUACAAGAUAUCAAGGGGUCGAGUUUCGACAAAAAGACCACGUCUUGAGUAA